AUGCGUGUUUCGCCUACUGAGUGUACAAUAUAUGAUCGAGACAGAAAACCAUUCAGGGUGGUAUUUGGCAGUGAAAAUUCUUGUAGUUGUUUGAAGUGGACCAUGAGUGGGAUUCUUUGUUCGCAUGCAUGCUAUGCCAUCCAUGAAUUAUCUUUAAAUAUUUGUGAGAUGGUUGAUCCAUGGUUUAGGGUUGAAACACAACAAAAACUAUGUGAACAUCUCAUGUCUUCUGUCCCCAUGCAUGAUAUGCCGAAUCCAGCUGCUGUUGCUGCUGCUGACGGUGAAGGUGCUUCCCAUCUUAGGCCUCCUGCGGUAACACGUCCCCCUGGACGACCUCGUAUUAAACGAAUCGAAUCACAAUUUCAAAAUGUAAGGUCGUUACACUGUUCGCGAUGCGGCGAGAAUGGUCAUAAUCGUCGAAAGUGCAAGGCUCCUAUACCUGGAUAG